CUGCAGGACAAGUGUGCAGACUACAAAACUUCGGAAAACCGGAGAGGCUGAGUCGACUAAUCGUGUUGUUGCACGUUAGAAACGCGUGCAUUGCAUGACUCUGAAACCAGAAGGGCGGUGGAAUGGCCUUCACCCUGCGCUGACCCUCGCCUACUUCAGAAGCCAGUGCAUCUGGAAAUGCCUGGAUCUGCGACCCCAGCCUGAGCCUAGUAAGGCCCAAGGGAAGCUGAACGCCCCGACGGUUCUCCUGGGCACCGGUAACAGUUUUCCAUUUGUGCCUACUCCACCUGCUGUCUUUGUUGGCUCAGGGAACAUCGCCUCCCUCUGCCGCUCAAUCAGCAUACUGGACCGCCCUCGAGGACCUCACCUGCCGCUCACCCAACUCCCAACUUCGCGGGCAUCGCCUCCAGUCACCUCUUCCGACGGCCUAACGAGCAAGUUAGCUGCGAAGGGAGGUGAGGAGGCUCAGCUGACUGGCCCUUGCCCAUGUCCAGGGUAGGCACAAACAACAGGACUUGGUUUGGCCUCUCUCUUAUUCACAGCUCAGCCCGACAGGUGCCUCCGGGACAGCGACGGCAAAGAGGAUGGCCUUAUUGGGUACAACUUCACAGGGGCUGGCACCUCUGCACGGCUGUGUACACCUGAGCCAGACGCUCAGGCGUUCUCUAAAGCCUCUUCAGGGGAUGACAGACAGGGAGAUAAAGGUGAGAGGUGGUCCACCAGGACUUGCCCUCCUUCGCUGGGGUUUGCCCCUCGCUGCGGAGACUGUUCUGCAUCUGGCCUUUGGAGCAUGCAGGCUGACAGCGUAGUAAAGAAGGAUUCCUGUGGGAGUGCGCCCAAUGCAAAACAAUUCCCUGACCGGGAAUCGAACCCGGGCCGCGGCGGUGAAAGCGCCGAAUCCUAGCCACUAGAC